AUGACGACAGAAGCGAAUGAUCGUUUCCCUCUGCACACUGCGGCCAGGCAGGGCCAAGUGAGAGUGGCGGAAAAUCUUCUUAAGACGGAUCCGAAACUAUCCAAGAAGGUGGACGAUGAUGGACGAUAUGCCAUCCAUUGGGCGGCUUCCGCUAACAAUCUAGAAAUCGUCUCUCUUUUGGCGGAACAACCCAAAUUUGAUGCUGAUAUCGAGGACGGGAGUGGUUGGACCCCUCUCAUGAUCUCAGCCAGCGUCCCCGACAACGAGCCCGUCCUCACACUUCUUAUCAGCAAAGGGGCGGAUGUCAAUGCAAAGACUUCCAAGAAGAACUUGGAUAUUGCUCGCCUUCUUAUCGACAACAAGGCUUCAACGCGUAUUCGCGACCGCCGUGGACAAUAUCCUAUCCACCGUGCUGCUGCUGUUGGCUCCGCGCCGAUGGUCGCCCUCCUUCUUCAGAACAAGAGCCCUCUGAAUGCAACCGACAAUGAAGGCUACACGCCACUUCAUCAUGCUAUUGCCGAAGGCCACGGAGACACUGCUGUAGCAUUGCUCAAAGCCGGGGCCGACUUUUCACUCAAAACCAUCGAGGAUAAGCUAGCUAUCGAUUUAGCCCCAGACAAGGAGGCAAGUGCUGAGAGAGAAGGUAUCGAGCUGGGAGACAGCUAG